GGAAUAUGUACAAGGCUGCAACAUUAUCUAAACAUGAGCAAACAUACCUUCAAAACAAUACUGUAUGAAAAGUCUCCCGAUGGCAAGAUCGCCUUCAUAACCUUGAACCCCCCAGAUCGAUUCAACGCGAUCAACAGGGAUCUCCCGAGGGAUCUCCGAGACGCCGUCAAAUUAGCCAACACGGACCAAGCAGUACACUGCAUCGUACUCAAGGGAAAUGGGCCCGGCUUCUGCGGCGGCUACGAUCUUGACAUCUAUGCCCAGAACGCGGUUCGGGGGGAGACGCAAGGAUCGUAGGAUCUCUCUAAAGGAUACGACCCGUUGGUUGAUUACGCGAUGAUGAAGAAGAACACCGACUGUUUCUCGGAGCUCUUUCAUAGUCAUAAACCGACAAUUGCACAGGUGCAUGGUGCUGCUGUCGCAGGUGGGAGUGAUAUCGCGUUGUGCUGUGAUCUGGUUAUCAUGGCGAACAAUGCGCGUAAAGGCUAUCCUCCCAGUCGGGUCUGGGGCUGUCCAACCGCGGCUAUGUGGGCGUAUCGCAUUGGGAUCGAGAAAGCGAAACGGAUGCUAUUCACUGGUGAUCUGAUUAGUGGGGAAGAAGCAGCAGGAAUGGGACUCGUGUUGAAAGCCGUGCCGGAAGAGGAGUUGGACGAAACGGUGAGGUUACUGGCGGACCGCAUUGUAUCGGUCCCGCAAAACCAACUAUGGAUGCAAAAGCAGGUUAUUAAUGGUCUGAUUGAGGGGCCACUGGAGAGAAGCCAGAAACUGGCUAUCAUAUUUGACGGGAUUACGCGCAACUCUCCUGAAGGUGUUGCUUUCCAGGAGCUGAGCAAAAAUCGAGGGUUCAAGCGGCGACACAGGAGCGGGACACUCCUGGGAGAUCAGAGAAAUAUCGAAGGGUGUGGUAGAGUGUGUUAUAGAUACCGAUACUGACACUAGGAAAUGAUGCUUCUCAC